AUGGCAUAUUUACCGCUGGGAACCGACAGAAUCGGCCGCGGCUCAUUCGCCAACGUUUAUGCGGCUCAGGAUACCAGGGUUUGUGUUCAGACUUACUUUUUGAACAGCAGGGAGACCUUUGGUUUAGAUGUUGAAUGACAAAAUAAUGAGGAAAAAAAUCGGCAAAAUAUUUUUUUUUUCAAUGUAUGGAAUCUAGGACAUUAUGUUUUCCUUUGAAAAUCAAACAUAGUGCUUCGUGGAAACAGCCGAUACUUAGUGAUACUACUUUCGAAUAUCUAAAUGAGCUGUUUUCGGUUUUUUGGAUUUCGAUUUGAGCUGAUUGAAAGUGAAACAUAUCCCAGAAGUCUCGAAGAUUUGUAGUGACCCAAAGAGACGCCAGAGAAACAGGUGCUGCGACUUCUCUGGCGUCUCUUCAGACCGCCGAUGUUCUCUAAGCGCCUUUUCAUCAUCGAAAAACUAGUUUGGAUUGAUUCCAGAUGGAGAGACUGAGAGUUGAUUCUAAGCUCUAAUGAAGUAACCUCAUUAUUUUGAACUCUUUGUUGUUUUUUAAUUAUACCAUAUUUCAGCUGAGAAUUUUUUUUGAGAAUGAAUAAAAAAUUCAAAUUUUUUCCUCAGCAGUUGGAAAGUACCAUGAAAAAUGAAAAGAAGGAAAAAAUUGCCUUCAGACAGGCGAGAAGGUGGCGCUGAAGCAGCUGCUGGGGGCGUUCGACAGCGCCGAAGACCGACGUCACGCUCUUCGGGAGAUCCACAUCCUUCGGAGAGUCGAACACAAAAACCUCGUCGAGCUCCGCGACGCCUUCACCUUCGUUCAUUCGAAAGUUGGUCUAAUAUUUUCCUCAUGGACAAGAAAACUGAAGAAGUCGGAAAACGAUAAUCUCUCUUUUUUAAAACUUCUCAGUAGACUUUUUAAUUCUGAAAACCAGAAAAUCCAAGUCUCAGCCUGUUCAUAAAGCAAAUAGUUUCCUGGCCUUUUUCAAGAGAUAAAGCUCAAAGUAAAAUGACCAUCUUUGUCGAUGAGAAGUUUGUGGAAGAAAAAAUUUGAAAGUACAAAAAAAGUUUCCUUACGUUUAUUUAGAAUUUCAGUUAGGCUGCUCCAUUCGAACGUGCAACAAAAAUUAAAAUACCGAUUCAAUUAUUUUUUUCAGGGAAGCUGGCAAAGAUCAGUUCUAUACCUCGUGAUGCCCUAUAUUGGCCAAACUCUCGACCAAGCUAUGCAGUCGAGUGAGUUAAUCAAUUGAUUCGAAACAGCUUCCGGGUUUUUGAAACCCGCAUUUUUUUUAACUCUGAAGUCUUAAAAUGUCAAUGAAGCUGUCUCAUGGGCUCACGAGAAAUGAAAUUUUGUUUUUUCAUAGUUAAUAUACCGAAAAGGUUUCCAUAGAACUUUAAUAACUGUAUUACGAUCUUCAACCUGUAAAACUUUUUAUUUUUCAAAAAAGGACGUCUCAAAGUCAAAUAAAAUCUUGUAAAGUUGUUUUGAAGAGCUAUUUGGGCUAUCGGGCACCUUCAAAAUCUUCAUACGAUACUUCAAAAAUUUUCUGGCCAAUUUUUUUUUCAUAAAUCAGAGUCUUAAAGUAAAACGACGUCUUCAUUUAUCCUGAUAAACUUCUCCUAAUCUGCUUAGAUACCUAGACGAUCUCUUGUCACCCAUUUUGAAUGAACCUUCUCAAAAAAUAAAUAAAUUAAUAAACCUUCAGACGAGGAAAUAACGUCCUAUCAACAGCGCCGAUUCCUCAUUUUUCAAAUAUUGUGCGGUGUGGAGGUUGUUUUAAAGCAUCCUUCGAACCUUAUAUUCUCAAUUUCAGUACCUCCAUUCCAAGUCUAUCAUUCAUCGUGAUCUGAAGCCCGACAAUGUUCUAAUCAAGGAAAAUACCCAAAACGGACGACUCACAGUCAAAAUUGCUGAUUUCAACUUGUCUCGGUACAACUACAACGACAAUUCUAGUCAUACAGUGAGCCAGAGUCAAGAUUAUUUUAAAGAUUGCAAAGAGCCUAAUUUCGCAAAAAGUCAAAGAUUCUCGGAAGUCGGUAACGCGAACCGAACGUUUCUGAGCAAUUCUAGGGAUCACUUAAGAGCGCUGACGCUACUAAAGUGGUCACUAGAAAUGCCCCGACACGCCAGAUUCGCGUCUGUUUCGCUUUAUCAAUGUCCGAGUGAAUUUGAAAAAGUUUGUUGUAAUAAUCAGAGAAUAGAGCCUAACGGGUAUCGAGCGCCAGAAAUACUCUUCGGAUUGGACUACGACGAAAAGUUGGUGUUUUUAAAGCUUAGCAUCAAUUAUAUCUUAGAGUUGACAUUUGGCCAAUUGGAUGUAUGAUGGCGAGCAUUUUGACCAAGUUCCUGGAAAAUCAAAUAGCUGUGCCACAAAAAUUCUGGUGCUCAAGAGGUGACGUCGAGCUGGCGCGACGUCUUGUUAUGUGGUUCGGCAAACCCGGCCCUUUGGUUUGUGAUGAACUUUUAGCUUCGUGGAAAAAUACUUCAAAUACCGAAGUUCUGCCAUUUUUUGCUCAUUAUUCAGGGACCUAAAAUUUGAAGAAGUUUUUUGUGAGAAGAUAAAAGGAAACCGAGUGAGUUAAUAAAAACUUAUUUUUUGUAGUGCUAAACUUUUAGUCAUAGCUACUUUCAAUUAUGGUUGACAUUAUUCAAAAAACCAACAAGGGAACAAACAGCCAAGAAAGAUCUGGCAACACGAAAAAGAAAAGACUUCCUUUGCUCAGGAAUCAAAGGAAAAACAUUUUUGAACCAUAAAAUGUUGGACCUAACCUGCGAUUUCGGCUCUGGGUGUUUCACUAGUGAAAAAAGUCUCUUUUUCAAGUAUUCUCUCUCUUUUUGUUCAAUAAACUUGCGAAAAAAAUACCGAAACUUUUAUUUUUCAUAAAAAUAGUUUUAGAUGGCGAACAGAAUGUGUGGCAGAUGGAAGGAGCAAAUUCGCGAAUUGAGUGAUGUUCCGCCCGUGUUCUCAGAACUUUUUGAAGGCCAGAUCGACUAUUCAGAAAUCGCGGUUUUAGAAAAUGUAACUUUUUAAAUUUCUCUCGGUGAUAAAUGAGUAAAGGUGAAAAAAUCAAUUUUUUUUUUGAUAACUAGGACCCACUGAAAAGACAGCUUUUUUCAAGGUAAACAUAUAUAAAUUUUUGAAUUAUUUUUACAGAUGCUUCACAUGCACGCGCCUGUGAGGUCAACAGCUCCGAAUAUCUUGGAAAUGCAAUAUUUUGAAUGUCUGAGGACUUUCCGAAGAGUUCCCUCAAGAAAUGAGAUUGACGAUGUAGACGAAGACAUCGAAAAGUUAGACGACCAACAGGUAGUUGUUUUCAAGUGGAAUUUUUAUUUUGAUUCGCAUUUUAUAAAGUUUACCAAGAAAAGUCAUUUUUUUUUCAUAAAAAUUGGUCAGAGAAUUGUUCGCGAUCUGAAAAGAAAGUUCUGGAACUUCCUAUUUUCGAGUACAGAAGGUCCAAUGUCUAUAAAUAGCUCAUAUAGCCAGGUUUUGAUACUUAGUUAUCACUUCCCAUCUUAUUUCUCGAAAAUCAAAGUUGAGAAGGUUUAUUUUCAAGACAUUUAUCUCAUUAAUGAACACUCUGGCCGAUUUUCAGAAUAGACUUCUAGUAGGCUGUGUUUACUUUGAAAAAAAGUCAUUUUUUCUUGAUUUCCAACUUUUGCUCCCCAUGCCUAUAUAAGCCGAGGGCAUCGAAAGAUUAAGACUCGUCUCCGCACUUCAAUUAAAUUAAAUUUUAACCUGUUCUUGAAUCGUUGGCAGGUGUCGGAAGCGAUCGAUAGGCAUCUUCGGCGAUUCGAUUCCGACCGCGGCAUGCCCGCCUUCUUCCAAUCCGCCGACGACAUUCAAUUCAGCGCCUGA